AUGUCACUCAUAGGCCAAUUGAUCUGCGCGUCAACGAGGUGUUCCGAAAAAAAUGAUUUGAAGUCUUGGGAAGUUAACUUCGCAUAUAUAGAGGAUGGAGAAAAGAAGAAUGCGUUGGUGAAAAUUAGACUUUGUCCAAAGUGUUCCGGCAAGUUGAACUAUAAGAACCGUCAUCAAGAAGUAAAUCGAGAACAGAAACAUGAAAAUCGAAAAAGAAAGUCGUACGAGGGUUGGAGCGAGCGAGAUCAAAGCGACGCCACCGAAAGUCAUGAUAAUGUUGGCUCCAAGAAGAAGAAAAUCAGUGAAAAGUCUGCGACGUCGUCACAGAGAGAAGUUCCUCGGUCGUCGGCAACGGACAGGACAGAAGAAUUUGAUGAAUAUUUUACUGGCUUAUUUGAUUGA